UCACCAGCAACAAAAACACUAGUGUCUGGUUCCCUGCGCGUCCUGGUCGUCAGUCUCAUGAGAGCGCACAGCCGCAGGUAACGUGUAAACACAGGUGCGCCAGCAGACCUUCGUACCCGGAAGCAAAAGACAAACACGACGCACUUAGAGUGACGGGAGGCUGGUUCCAGUUGUGUAACGAUUCCGCCUGGUUACCAGUCAUCACAAGCUGAAGUGUGUUGAUUUAUCCGGGAAGUAGCCACAUACCGAAUAUACAGUAUGUACCCAGAAAUGGAUCAGAAGUCCCUCCAGCAGGAGUUUGAGGAUCAGUUCAAUGAUGUGGUUUCCAGAUUGCAGUCCAAGCAACUCUUCCAGUCUGACUGGGACAUUGCUUCGUUCGCAGUCUUCUUCAUCUUCAUCGGUAUGAUUUUGCUGCUGGUCAUCUUGGUUGUCAUCCGCUGCUGCUGCUGUUGCUGCUGUGAUGAUCAUAAGCCAAGAAGACGGAAGGUUGGCGUAGAGAACAUGGCUCUGGAGCCCUGACAGCAGAACUGUAUGAUCAAGUAUUGUGAAGAUGACUGAUGAAGAGGCAGAGCCUCAUAUUUCAACUCCUGUGCCAAAGUAAUAUCACCAGUCUGUAAACAGGUGUGCACAUAUUGUAGAGUAAAUUGUUGUUCACCAGCCCUUUGCAACCCAGUGAUGAAAAUGUAACUCACUUGAUCUUGUUGACUGCCUCUGCUGUGUGGGGUUUAUGAUGGAUACGGCAGAGGAGCUGCAAACUCGCAGUUGUCUGUCAUUGUCUCUAUAGAUGUGAAGACAACUUCCGCUGAAUGGUUUAAUUUGAAGCUUUUACUUAGUAAUAAAAACAUAAAAGUUGUAAAAAUGUCACCUUUGCUCUAUGUUCAUGAAGUGGUGUAUUCACUUUCAUAAUGCUAUAUUCAGUUAUGGAGCACAGACACAAGGACAUUUAGAGGACAAAGUACACAAAACAGGAGACAGAUGUGUUGUUGUGAGAAAAGCAGGAGAGCUUGUGGGUUCAGUCCAGACUGGAUUACACAGGUCUUAACUGCUGCAACCCUGAUUUCUGUUAGCUCAAUCACAUUUCAACCACUGUUUAUUCUUUAAUCCUUCACCACUCAUUGGAAAACAUGUUGAGGAAUUUGUGUCCUCUCUUGAGAAACUGCAAGAUGAGCAUUCUCAUGCACUAUGCAAGGUCAUCUAAUCUAUGGCAAGUCAAGGCAGUUGGUGGGUAACUGAAGGCUGUCUCGGCGUGUCAUAGUCACGGAAUUUGUGCAAGACACAGUGGUGAAUACAGUGAUACUAUGGAGAUAGCUAUUCUGCUAAAUACACCUACAGAGACCGGAGAUAGGCAGACUAUCUUGGGACGCCAUACACUGUGAACAUGUUGAUCUGUGGAGGGAACCGGAAGUCUCCUCAAUAUUGAGCUCUUAAAUAAAUCUGCGUAAGUCA